AUGUCUGGUAGCAGUGAUUCAGAUGAGUAUUACGAUGCCGAAGAUCACACACCUAACAAGCUUGUAAGUGAAAAUUGUUUGUUCAGAAAGCCAAAAACUACUAGUUUGACACCAUCCAAGAGUGAAUCCGAUUUUCAAUCAACAUUGAAACUAGAUGACAAGAAGUAUGACACUGUUAUACCUCCCAAAGUACCCAAUUCACUUUCUCUUCAAACAGGAUUGGAAAAAACUGGGGUCGAAAAAAUCAAGAGGCAUAAGUUGAGAGAAGUAAGGAAGCGUAUGCAAACAGAAGAUGAAGAAAUAUUUAACACUGUCGGCACAUCUCCUACAAGCAGUCAAACAUCUUCUUUUGAUGGGGUUUUUCCAGCUCCAGACACUCGCUCAAUUCAAAGUCACCCAUUUAGGAUCAUCGAGCAUGAUGCUUUAAGCCUUCACAGUCUCACUUCAUUAGGAAGAAUUGGCAGAUUGCUGAGCAACUCUCAAGAACCUGCUGCUGUCCAGAAUGUACAAAAGGAUUCAGUUGCAGAAAUUGGUGGUUCUACAAGCACAUUGAAAUGUCCUUCAGAUCCUGGUGAUGAUUGUACUGAAAAUAGCCAGCAAUCAAAAAUUUUAAAUCAGAAAAGGACUGAAGAGAUUCCAAAACUUCAGGAACCUGAUGUUAUCGCCAGUACCAAAGCAAAUAGUAUUCAGAACUCUUCUAAUGUGACUACCACGUCGUCUGCUGAACCUUCACUCCCUGCUCCUGUAGCUCCCCCAAGGAAAAGGAAAAAGAACAAGAUCACACAGCCUCCGUCCACUCUUCCCAUUCAGAAAAAAGAGGAACAGCCUUCAAAGCUUACCAAGAGUAUUAGUGUGGAUGAGCCAGCCUACAAGAGGUCGACUCUUCCGAGUCCUGCAAGUACCAUUGAAUCAAUUACACGAGAAUUUGAACAUUCUCUUGAUAUAAAGGCCGCUACUAAGGGAGAAUGUCAUGUCCAACAUCAGGAAAAUAAUGAGAAAAGGAAAUGUAGCCGAAGUAUCAGUAGAAAUAGUUCAACUUAUCCGUUAGGAGGAGGAGCAACCCUUCGAACUCCCAGGGAGAGGCGAAGAUCAGCUGGAGAUGAACAAGCCCUCCUUCCAAAUCAGCUUAAUAUGUUCGUUAGAACAAGAACAGAAUCAGGAAAGCCAUUAUCAGAUCUUGAAAUUUUGGAGCAAGUUACUGUUCUGAACUUAGACACCGGAGAAAGGGUUCCUUUAAGUAUUGCAGAAGACAAACUUCCCCAAUGUAUUAACCCCUUGUCCCUUCAUAUUAUGAGGCUGACAUCUGAGUAUGUCUCAAACACCUCUUUAGAAAAACAGAAGGAAUCUGAUGAAGAAUCGGUUGAUUCUAAAGUAUCUCGAAGGGAAGACGAAGAUGAAGAGGGUAAAGGUGGUAUGAGAAGGAGAACUGCACAAUUGAAAAAAUUCUUUGGAUCCACUGUCAGAAAAACCAUGAUAAAAGCAAAAACUAUUGGAAGGCAUAACAGAGAAGAUACUUUAGAUGUCGAGAACGAGACUGCUGCGUCUACUACAGGUGAACAAUACAUAAAGCUGAAGGCGUCCAAUAGUCAUAAGGGGCCUUAUGAAUUUGACUGUGUACAGCAUGUACAGGACUUCAGUGGGGAACAUACUGGCCCAGUCUGGUGUAUGAAAUUUUCUUCUUGUGGACGUCUUCUUGCUACUGCUGGCCAGGACCGUGUAUUAAGGAUUUGGGUUGUGCGAAACGCGUAUCCAUAUUUUCAGGAAAUGCGUACAAAGUACAAUGCAGAAAAAGUUUCACCAACACCUUCACAAGAAUCUAUUGUUUCUGUGAUCUCUUCGGAGGACCCUCAUUCAUCUCAUAUAAUGGAAGAUCUGAGCGAGAAAGCACCUUUUAUGCCUAAACCAUUUUGUACUUAUUCUGGGCAUGCCUCGGAUCUGCUUGAUGUAGCUUGGUCAAAAAAUUAUUUUAUACUGUCAUCUUCAAUGGAUAAAACGGUUAGAUUAUGGCAUAUAUCACGCAGAGAAUGCCUCUGCUGCUUUCAACACAUUGAUUUCGUAACAGCUAUUGUGUUCCAUCCUCGCGAUGAUCGUUAUUUCCUCAGUGGAUCUCUUGAUGGAAAGUUGAGGCUAUGGAACAUUCCUGACAAAAAAGUGGCAGUAUGGAAUGAGAUAGAUGGUCCUGCAAAGCUUAUAACUGCUGCCAACUUUUGCCAGAAUGGAAAAUUUGCAGUUGUUGGUUCUUAUGAUGGCAGAUGUAUAUUUUAUACAACUGAUCAACUUAAGUACCACACACAAAUUCAUGUUAGAUCAACCAGAGGUAAAAACUCGACUGGAAGAAAAAUAAGUGGUAUAGAGCCUAUGCCUGGAGAAGAUAAGAUUCUAGUUACUUCCAAUGAUAGUCGCAUACGUCUAUAUGAUCUGCGUGAUCUUAAUCUUUCUUGCAAAUAUAAGGGUUAUGCAAACUUUUCAAGCCAGAUAAAGGCUUCAUUUUCUCAUGAUGGAAAAUUUAUAGUAAGUGGUUCAGAAAACCAAUGUAUAUAUAUUUGGAAAAGUAAUCAUGACUAUUCAAAAUUUUCUUCCGUGAGGCGAGAUAGAAAUGACUAUUGGGAAGGAAUUAAAGUUCAUAAUGCUGUUGUCACUUGUGCAGUAUUUUCUCCUAAUCCUGACAUAGUAAUGCGCCAUAUUGAAGAACUGGAGAGUAAUGGUUCAGGGACAAAUACAACCAGUGGCUAUGUAUUAGUCAGUGCGGACUUCAAUGGCUGUAUAAAAGUAUUUAUAAAUAAAACUAAACCUAAACAUAGUUCUCUUCCUGCUUCAGCGAUGGCUUAA